AUGAUGUCCUUUUGGAGAUUAGUACUGUUGCUGGUAUGCAUUUGUCUGGGGGUCCACUACAUAGCCACCCGCUUCCAUCAGGAUUUCUUCCUAAGACCCUGCCAGAACUCCAGGCAAUGUGAGACAUGUCCUGAGAAUGAUCACAGCUUGAAAUCCUCUGACAACAACUCUGUAUCCACGAAGCAUACCACUGCUCCUGCUCGGAAGCACAUCCUUCUUUUUUCACAAACCCGCAGUGGCUCCUCCUUCGCUGGUCAGCUGUUUAACCAAAACCCAGAUAUAUUUUAUUUGUAUGAGCCACUUUACCAUGCCCAACAGACCUUCUGCAGCUACAGAAAGUGUCUGUGGAAGCCCUCGGCCAGAGUUAUGCAGGGGGUCUACAGGGACCUCCUCUUCAACCUAUAUACCUGCGAUCUUAAUUACCUGGAGAACUACAUUCAGCCAGAGCCUCAAAAUCACUUGACAGCCUCUUUCUUCCGUCAGAGCUCCAGCCAUGCUCUCUGCUCACCACCUAUCUGCCAAUUAGGUAAGAAGGAGAUUAUGAAAAGGUUGCCAGAUGAGAGCUGGUGUCACAAAAAGUGUCCAAUCCUGAACCUCACCUCAGCUUCCAUGGCUUGUCACUCCAGAAGCCAUGUCUCCAUCAAGACAGUACGGAUCCCUCUGGUCAGCGACCUUCGCCUCCUAACAGAAGACCCACGAUUAGACCUGAGGAUUAUUCACCUGGUGCGAGACCCAAGAGCAAUCUUGGCAUCACGCAUAAGUGCAUUCACUGAUCAGUUUAUUGCCUGGAAGAUCUGGAAUGCCACAGACAAGCAACCGCAUAAUGUGGACUUGACACAGAUCAAGAGAACAUGCGAAGACAUGAUGACCUCUGUGGAUAUUGGUCUGAAGAAGCCAGCUUGGCUGCAGGGACGGUAUCUAUUAGUGCGCUAUGAGGAUCUUGCAUUUAAUCCUGAAACCAAAGCCAAGGAGAUCUACAAAUUCCUGGAUUUGGAUAUAGACAAUAAAGUUCUUACAUGGUUAUCUCAAAACACCAAUGACACUUCCUCCGCUAAGUCACAGUACUCCACCAGCAGAGACUCCAAAAUCACAGCAGAGAGCUGGAGACUGCAUCUGGGCUUUGACAUUGUUAAGACAGUGCAAACACUAUGUAAUACUACUUUGGAUUUAUUGGGCUACAAAACAGUACAGUCCAAGGCUGAGCUGAGAAACAUACAAAAUAGUUUAGUGGUACCAAGGACUUUUAAAUAG